GCGCGAACACGGAACAGCUGUGGAACCUUGCUUGCGCGGUAGACUCGCUUGGUCUCGCUCGAGAACGGCCGGUAUCUGAAAUCACCUGUCGUGUAUGAAGAAGUAACGCUAUGAUAGAAGUCACGAAUGAAAAUUUCAACGAGGUGUAUCCGCGUCUGGAGGACGCGUUGAGAAACGCGAGUUUCAUAGCGAUCGACGGGGAAUUCACGGGUAUAGAGGGUGACGAUGCGAAGAACAGCCUGUUCGACUCAAUCCACGAGCGCUACGAGAACAACAGGAGCCACAUUCAGCCGUACAUAAUAAUCCAAUUUGGCAUCUCGACGUUCCAGCGGGUCCACGACAAGAACAAGUACGCCGUGGAGACCUUCAAUUUCUUUCUGCUGCCCAGAUCUAUUCCCUCGAAGAACAGACAGUUUCUGUGGCAGGUUGCAGCGUUGGAGUUCCUUACCAUAUAUGAUUUCGACUUCAACAAACUUGCUUAUCAAGGCAUUUCGUACCUUGAUCAGGUCGACGAGGCAAUCUUACAGCAACAGCUACAAAACAAAACAUUGUUCCAAAAUGUGGCCCGGUCGAUCUCCUACGAAGAGGAUGAUAACUUUAACGAUGUGGUUGUUAAAAUAAUAAAAUGGCUGAGUACAGCUAGCGAUGAAACAGACUCGUUUAAAAUUGAGUCCCCUACUCCGAAAUUUCAAUAUUUUAUACACAAAGAAUUGAGAAAACGUUUUCCAAAUAUUUGGACUUUUUCUGAAAACAAUACGGUAACUGUAAUUAAAGUGCCACCGGAGUCGAGAGUAAUUUUGGAACAGGAAGAAGGCUCCAUAUUAGAAAAUGUAUUGCUCGAGUCGUACAUAGGUUUUUCAAAAGUAUUCAAGCUUUUAGUUAGCUUGAAAAAACCUAUAAUUGCACAUAAUUCUUUUUUGGAUUUUAUGUUUGUGCAUCAACAAUUUUAUAAGCCAUUACCACAAAAAUAUAUUGAUUUCAAGAAUAAUAUACAUCAACUGUUUCCAACAAUUUACGACACUAAACACUUAAGCUUCGAACUGAGAGAAAUUCUCAAAACAGAAGAAAAAUGGAAAGUUAAUACUUUAAGUGGUCUAGUAAAUUAUUUUACAGAAGCACUAGGAAAACAUGCGGUGCUUGGGUCGCCUGUUAUUAGUCUCGCAACAAAUUCAGGCGAAUUAGAUGUUUCAAGUAUCACUUCCGACAAUAAGAAAUAUCACACUGCGGGAUGGGAUGCUUUCUUUGCCGGUUACAUAUUUAUCAAAAUGGCUCAUAUGUUCACUGUAAAGCAAUAUAACCAAAGUUUAAUUUCGAAGGAGUUUACGCAUACAGAAUUAAUAAAUAGCGUAAAAGGUUAUGCAAACUGUAUCAAUAUCAUACGUGGAAGUACAUCACAUUUGAGUUUUGUCGGGCCUGAACCUAAAUCGACGCGACCAAAAUGGCUUUAUGUGAAAACGUUAUCGUCGAGUCCGAUAACAGCCUCACAGAUAGCUGAAGCAAUGUCGAAGUUUGGCGCGGUUGACGUAAAACAAUACACACCGAAGCGCAUGUUAGUUGCAGUUGCAAAUCACGGAAGCGCACGGGACAUACUGCGGCACUUCAAGCAAAACCCGGAGCUGUACGUGGUACCUUACAAUCCGAUCCGGCACUCACGCUCGGUCCAACUUCUCCUGUGGAGCAGCAUAGUCGUUUCCGGCGGGAUUGUCGCAUGGGUGCUACAUCAGAAGUUCCAAAGAAGUUCUUAAACAAACUGUAAAUAUUCGUUUAACGCACAGCAACGAAAAUUUAAAGUUUUAGAUAUAUUUUUAGUCUUCAUGGCUUCCGGAUGAUUUUAGAUAUAUUUUAUAUAAAAAUUACUGUCUAUCAAAUUUGGAUAAAAGGUUAAACGAUUUAAGACGCGUUACGAGAGAAGAAUAAUUUUUUUUCAAUAGUAAUAAAAGACAACGCGACUCCGUAAUUA